AGUCCAUGGACAAGUCGCUCACAUCUGCCAGCGCCGAGUAACUCCAUCUCACUCACAGCUCAUCUCUCGCUGUCUUCCUCCCCGCAAUCUCAUACAUUUGCACCACCCGGGGACCUGCCGGAACGCUCGCCGAAAGAAGAGCGCCAUGGCCCGCGUGGUGGGAGAAGGGAUGCCUGAGUCAACCGUAGGAGUAGGUGUGAUGCUGAACCGGCGGAGGGGUAAAGGCAGGCGGAGAAAGCGAAAGGAGUUGUUCGCUGUACAGAUGUGCUUCAUGGGGUUUCUGCUGGGACUGGUUGUUGGGCUCAAGAAUGUGACACAGAAAGAAGCAUACCACAUUCCAGCCUCCACGCUACUCGAUGACCCUAGGUGGGAGAGUCGUCACCUUCUACAAGACUUCUACGACAACCAGUCUAAGCUCUUCUCAGAGCUUGACAAAAACUGCACCGAACCAGCCAUUCACGAGUUCCCCAGAGACUACUUCACAAACCAGGAACGCAUUGAUGGAGCCGUGGGAUUGCACGUCCUUUGCGCAGUCUAUAUGUUCUAUGCCUUGGCUAUUGUGUGUGAUGAUUACUUCGUCCCCUCACUUGACAAGAUAUGCGAGCGCCUUCAUCUGAGUGAGGAUGUUGCAGGGGCAACUUUCAUGGCUGCAGGAAGUUCAGCACCUGAAUUGUUCACCUCAGUCAUAGGAGUAUUCAUUACUAAAGGGGACGUUGGGGUCGGCACCAUUGUUGGCUCAGCUGUCUUCAAUAUCCUCUGCAUUAUCGGAGUAUGUGGGAUAUUUGCGAUGCAGACCAUCCAUUUGUCCUGCUGGCCUCUGCUCAGAGACUCCACCUACUACACUCUGUCUAUCUCUGCCCUUAUUGUGUUCAUAUAUGAUGAAAAAGUGGUCUGGUGGGAAGCACUCACGUUGAUCCUGAUGUAUUUCGUCUAUAUUUUGAUCAUGAAACUCAACUCCCAUGUGGUUCGCUUUCUGGAGAGGAGGAAGAAGAACUCAUCCAGUUUACGCAAUGGAGCCACUAAUCACGGCGAGCUCGAUGACGGCUCGGAUGCAACCGCUGUGCUGUUGAAAAAAGCAAACCGUCACAGGAAAACAUCCGUGUUGAUGGUUGAUGAGCUGCUUUCAGCGUACCCCCACCAGCUGUCCUUCUCGGAGGCCGGUAUGAGAAUCAUGAUCACCAGCCAUUUCUCCCCGAGAACCCGCCUCACCAUGGCCUCCCGAAUGCUCAUCACUGAGAGACAACGGCUGAUCAACACACGAAUUUUGACCAACGGCGACUCGGAUGGGCCAGUGAAAGGAACGAGCAAGCGGGCCAUAGAAAACGGGCUGACUGGAGCAGAACGCGGACUCAACAUGCAGCGUGAGGAUCACGAGGCAGGCAAUGAGACAGAGAAUGAAGACAAUGAGAAUAAUGAAAAUGAUGAGGAAGAAGAAGAAGAGGAUGCAGAAGGCCCUUUUGUGCCCUUCCAGUGUCCAGCCGGUAUAUGCAACAAAUUGAAGUGGCUGCUGGCCUGGCCCCUGUGCCUAGUGCUGUACUUCACUGUGCCCAACUGUUCCACACCACGCUGGGAAAACUGGUUCAUGCUGUCCUUUGUCGCCUCAACCCUGUGGAUCGCAGCCUUCUCCUACAUCAUGGUUUGGAUGGUAACAGUGAUUGGCUUCACUCUCGGUAUCCCCGACGUCAUCAUGGGCAUCACCUUCCUGGCAGCUGGGACAAGCGUUCCUGAUUGUAUGGCCAGCCUCAUUGUGGCAAGACAAGGAAUGGGAGACAUGGCGGUGUCCAACUCCAUCGGUAGUAAUGUGUUUGACAUCUUGGUGGGCCUUGGCCUCCCCUGGGCCCUGAAGACACUUGCUAUUAACUACGGCUCUGAUAUCAAAUUAUACAGCAAAGGACUGAUUUUUUCUGUCGGGCUCCUGUUGGCAUCUGUUUUUCUGACGGUUAUUGGAGUUCACCUCAACAAGUGGACACUGGACAAGCGCCUCGGUCUCAUGUGUCUCCUCCUCUACUCCGUCUUCCUGUGUUUCUCUUGCCUCAUCGAGUACAACAUCUUCACCUUUGUCAACCUGCCCACCUGCAGGGAUGACUAAGUUACACCCACACGCGCGCACACACUUUCAAAUGACACGUGGCAUUUGAAUAUGAGAUAUGUGGCAGUGCAACCGGAAUGAGAAGCAAAAGUGCAAAUUGAAUUAACAAGAAGACUUAUUUGCAGAUAUCCUUCGCGUUCCUGCAUUCUUGAGUGGGGAAUCACACCUUUAUUUAUUUAUUUAUUGACAAAUUGUAUUUAUGAACCCUACAGUGGACAGCUUAUGAGGAAAUCAGGUUACACGGUGCAUGAAAGGGUUAAUGUGAAAAGCGGACAUAUAGGAAUGAGUGACUGGGACGACAUCCAAGACGAAAGCGGCCACAACCGCAAAUUUCUGCUCGGGUAGACUUUUUUUUUUUUUCCUCCGAUGACAAUAUCUCCAAGUCGACAGUAAUCAUUCCGUAGGCAACAUUUGACACGAAUGGAAGGUUGCAGUUGAGCACUGUGGCACUGAUGUGAUUCCAAGUCGGUAACGUGCCAUCUGCUCGGAAGCGCCACGUUUGUUCGGCAGCCGAGACGAUGUCUCAACUGUCGUUAUCUGAGCAUAUCCUGGAUUAUGUUCCAUUAUUCCAGAUCCAGAAUUGAUAGCGUUGAGCGAUGGGACAUAUUGUCUACGUUUAUUUAUUCUCUACAUAUCCAAAACACACCAGGGCAUUAAUUAUCCAGUCAUAUUUUGUAAAUGAAAGCGUCACAGCUGAUGUACGGAGGUUUGUAUUUCAAAAGACUUUGUUAGCUUUAUGGAGAGUUUUUGGUUCCCCCCUUGUAAAUAGUUUUCUGUAAAUAGCCUCGGAUGGCUCAUAUAUUAUUUAUUGGUGUCAUACGCACAUUCCUCUUCUGGAGGUCACGGAACCCUCGACAGGUUUAUUUAUGGUGCCAGGGGCGCUGCAAUCCACUCUUAGGAGGGAAACACUUCUUUACAGAUGUGUACCGACAAGCACAAUUGCUUUUGAUUGCUUUUUUUUUUGUUGUUGUUUUUUAAAUGACUCGAUUUUAGAUGCACCGUGUGUUGAUACUAGGAAAUAAAAUUUUAAAAAAAAAUUACCUUGCACUGUCGAGCCUAAACUAGCUUCAGAGGAAGACCUCUUGGUCUCGGUGACUCUUUUGUUGUGCUCCAAAAAUGCUCCAUUGCUGAUUAUAGGGAUGCGUUUCCUUGUAAGAUGAAGCAGUUGUGUCAAGUGUUCCGAGAGAGCACUGCUCGAGUGUUGAUCGGGAGUGACGGCGUCGUCGCAUUGAAGCAAAGUACGGAAAAUCAUUGACUGCUGCUUUUCGCUCCUUUAAUAUGAUGACUUAAUUCAAAACACUGAUGGCAUUAUUUGACGAGCCUCUCUUUGGUAGAUCGAUGUCUUGCUUCAAGAUGUAAUAUAUCCUAGUUGGGGUACUUUAUUUUUGGGGUCGAGAAACUUUGUAUUUUCUAUCACCUAAUGUUUAGAUUUGUCCCAAUUUGGUAGUUUGUUGGAAAUGAAUAUUUUUACUAGAUUUUAGGACAUGUAACAUGUACGUUUGUGAACACUCCUGAGGACUUUAACUCCACUGCAGGAGUCCACAAACAGCACAGAAUUCACACUUAUUCCUUAAAAGACUUCCACAACUGUUAAAACCUGUUGACUCUUGCACAGUACGCUUUAAAAAUAGAUGCUUUUUUUUCUGCUUCUAAAUUUAUAAGACAAUGUAUUUUUC